AUGGAGGAGCAAGUGCAGGAGGAGGUGCCGGCAGCCCAGCGCACAGGAGGCCACCACCCCGUGCGGGAAGGAGAGGUGUUCAACACGCGAUACCAGGCUCUGCGCAAACUGGGCUGCGGCGCCUUUGCCACCGUCUGGCUGUGCCAGGACACGAGGAGGAAGAAACACGUAGCCAUGAAGGUCCUGAAAAGCAGGGAAGGCUUUGCUGAGACUGCCCAGGACGAGGUUGCCCUCCUCCGCUGUGUGAGCAGUAUGAAGAAGAAGGACCGGGCAGGAGAAAACAUUGUCUGUUUGUUAGACGACUUCAGAAUGAUUGGAGAGAACGGCUUCCAUGUGUGCUUGGUAUUUGAGGCGCUGGGUCCUUCCCUGCGAUGUCUGAUGGGUAACUACGUAGCCCAGGGACUGCCCUUGCCUUUUGUGAAAAAGUCUUUACAGCAGGUGCUGGCAGGGCUGCACUUCCUGCACAAGCGCUGCCGCAUUAUCCACGCGGACAUCAAACCGGAGAAUGUCUUGCUGUACGGACAUGACAAAAGCCUCCAAAGGCUUCUGCCCGAUAUGUUCGACUGUGGCCAGAGAACAGAUUUGAGGCUAAAGAGACCAGGCAAUCGAUUGGAAGAAUCAGAUUUAAUGAGCAUAGAAGUGAAAAUUGCAGAUCUGGGCAGCGCGUGCUGGACAUACAAGCCUUUUUCCAAGGAGAUACAGACCCAGCCAUACCGUGCCCUGGAAGUGCUUCUUGGAUUAGACUAUGGCACUCCUGCGGAUAUCUGGAGCACGGGCUGCCUGGCAUUUGAAAUGGCAACUGGGGAGUGUCUAUUUGAUCCUCAACCUGGGAAAUAUUUCUCCAGAGAUGAUGAUCAUGUUGCUCGUAUUAUUGAACUCUUGGGAAGAAUUCCUCCUCAAAUUGCUUUCUCCUGGAACAAGUCAACAAAAUUUUUCAGCAGGCCAGGCGCCCUUCUGCGGAUCUCCAGACUUUCCCCCCGCAGUCUCCACAGCAUCCUGGCGGACAGGCACAACUGGACAAAACACGAGGUUGUUCCCUUCACCGGCUUCCUCCUGCCCGCACUGCAGUACGCACCCGAGCGCCGCGCCACAGCCGCCCAGUGCCUGCAGCACGCGUGGCUGAGCGCCCCGUGA